CGUUCAAAUUUGCUUUCCUUUACUUUCAUCACAAGCAUCCUUCUCUAGCUAGCAACGGCCACUACAUCCGAUAUGAAACGGUCUGAGUUCAUAGCAGAUAGCAUGCCGGACGCUCUGAAGCAGGGCAGCCGCUCCCAUAUGAAGAGAUGUUUUGCCAUGUACGUUCAAAAUGGUAGGAGGAUCAUGAAGCUUCAAGAGUUGAAGGAGGAGAUGGAGAUGGUGAUAGAGAGUAAGACUGAAAGACAACAGGUCUUGGAAGGUGUAUUGGGUGCUAUCUUGUCCUUAACACAGGAAGCUGUUGUAAUUCCUCCUCAUGUAACCUUUGCAACAAGGCCUAACCCAGGUUACUGGGAAUUUGUGAAGGUGAGUGCUGAUGAUCUUUCUGUUGAAGCAAUUACCUCUACAGAUUACUUGAAGCUCAAGGAAAUGGUAAUUGAUGAGAAUUGGGCAAAGGAUGAAAAUGCUUUGGAGGUUGAUUUUGGAGCUUUUGAUUUCUCGAUGCCCAAAUUGAGCAUAUCUUCUUCAAUUGGAAGUGGGCUCAAUUUUGUCUCCAAGUUCAUGACUUGCAAGCUUAGUGGGCAAGAGGAGAAUGCAAAACCUCUAGUUGUUUACCUUCUCACUCUUGCAUAUCAGGGAGAGAAACUUAUGAUAAAUGAGAGACUUAACACGGCUUCAAAGCUUCAGAUGGCACUUAUAAUAGCUGAAGUUUCCCUCUCGGAGCUGCCUAAAGACACUCCCUAUCAGAGCUUUGAGCAGAGGUUCAAGGAAUGGGGCUUUGAGAAAGGCUGGGGUGACACUGCAGGGAGGGUGAUAGAGACACUAAGAUAUCUCUCAGAAGUACUCCAAGCACCUGAUCCAGUGUCCAUGGAGAAGUUUUUUAGCAGGCUUCCCAUAAUCUUCAAUGUUGUUAUAUUCUCUCCCCAUGGCUACUUUGGUCAGUCAGAUGUCCUUGGUUUGCCAGACACUGGCGGUCAGGUUGUUUACAUUCUAGAUCAAGUGCGGGCCAUGGAAGAAGAAUUGCUCCUCAGAAUCAAGUCCCAAGGGCUGAGUGUGAAGCCUCAAAUACUUGUGGUUACACGACUCAUACCAGAUGCCAAAGGAACAAAGUGCAAUCUGGAGCAGGAACCAAUCAUUGGUACUAAACAUUCCAAUAUCCUUCGAGUGCCAUUCAAGACAGAAAGUGGAGUGCUAAACCGCUGGGUUUCUCGUUUUGACAUUUAUCCCUAUCUUGAGAGGUUUGCACAGGAUGCAACAGUGAAGAUCCUAGAUGUCAUGGAAGUGAAACCAGAUCUUAUAAUUGGAAAUUACAGUGAUGGGAAUUUGGUAGCAUCUAUUGUAGCCAGUAAACUUGGGAUAACUCAGGCAACCAUUGCUCAUGCUUUAGAGAAGACUAAAUAUGAAAACUCAGACAUCCGUUGGAAAGACUUCGAUGCCAAAUACCAUUUUUCGUGUCAAUUCAUGGCUGAUACAAUUGCUAUGAAUGCAACUGAUUUCAUUAUAACCAGCACAUACCAGGAGAUUGCCGGGAGCAAAGAGAGACCUGGACAGUAUGAGAGCCAUGUUGCAUUUACUCUUCCAGGUCUCUGCAGAAUUGUUUCAGGCAUCGAUGUUUUUGACCCCAAAUUCAACAUUGCUGCUCCUGGAGCUGACCAAUCUGUAUACUUUCCCUACACUGAGAAGCAAAAACGAUUCACAUCAUUUCAAUCUGCCAUUGAAGAACUUCUUUACAGCAAAGAGGACAAUGAUGAGCACAUUGGAUAUCUAGCUGACAAGAAGAAGCCUAUUAUCUUCUCAAUGGCAAGACUUGAUACAGUAAAGAACCUGACAGGACUAGCUGAGUGGUAUGGGAAGAACAAGAGGCUGAGAAGUUUGGUUAACCUGGUCAUUGUAGGGGGCUUCUUUGAUUCCUCGAAAUCAAAAGACAGAGAGGAAAUCGCAGAAAUCAAAAAGAUGCAUGCCUUAAUAGAAAAAUACCAACUCAAGGGACAGCUCAGAUGGAUAGCGGCACAGACUGACAGGAACAGGAAUGGAGAACUGUACCGUUAUGUUGCAGAUACAAAAGGAGCUUUUGUGCAGCCUGCUCUGUAUGAAGCAUUUGGUCUGACUGUCAUUGAGGCAAUGAACUGUGGUUUGCCCACCUUUGCAACUAAUCAGGGAGGACCAGCGGAAAUUAUAGUGGAUGGAGUGUCAGGUUUUCAUAUCAAUCCAUACAAUGGGGAUGAAUCAAGCAACAGGAUAGCUGACUUUUUCGAGAAAUGUAAGGUGGAUCCAGGAUACUGGAACAUGUUUUCUGAAGACGGUUUGAAACGGAUAAAUGAAUGCUACACCUGGAAGAUUUAUGCAAACAAGGUAUUAAACAUGGGGUGCAUCUAUAGCUUCUGGAGGCAAUUGAACAAGGAGCAGAAACAAGCCAAGCAGAGAUACAUACAUGCCUUCUACAAUCUGCAUUUCAGAAAUCAGGUAAAAACUGUGCCAAUUGCAAGUGAUGAAGCCCCGCCUCCAGUGUCAAAGCCAACACCGCCAGCGCCGCCAGCACCACCAGCGCCGCCAGCACCACCAGGCAAAUCGCGGCGCAUGCCAAGGCAUGUUACUGCACCUCCCAAAAAUUAAUGCAGUAUUCUUAGGAUACACACUUUCUAGCUCAGAAGUCCAGGAAUAAAACAAUCUCUCAAUUCCUCCAAAGCAGAUCUAUAUUGUAUCUGGCAUUGCAUUUAUGACACUGAUUAUUAAUUUAAAUCAAUCAAGAAACUAUGGGAUAUGAUUGAAAGAAACUAAAGUUUAGUACUCAAAUUGAAAAUGGAUUAGAAUUCAGUAGCUAACCAUUUCAUAAAAUUGAACAAAUAUGAAAGCUGAAUUCUGUGGAUUUCUUGUUGUGCAGCACCAAACGGACGCAGUCACGCAUACAAAGGUUGUUUGGUUCAUAAAAUCCCAACAAGGGAGCUUGUUCUGCUUCCCAGCUAUACUGCUUCUGCUCAGCUAACUUCAUUGGAAUUGGGAUGAUUCAUUUCCUUCACCACAUUAUGUAAUUCUUUUAAAAUAAUGAAUUCCUUGUGUUAAA